UGUGUCCUUGUAUUGCAAGGGAGCCAAGUAGAGAACUAAUUUGAAAAUGUGUAGGAUUUUUGGAUCCCUGCAUUCCAAGCGCUAGCCACAUUUUUGUCCCUGUGCCCUAAUGGUGCGGGUCCUUGUCGUGGAUGCUGUGGGAAAGCCAUGCCUUUCACAGUUAAUCCCAGCCAAGAGAUAGAGGAUGCUCAGCGGAUAAAAGGCUUGCAGUCCCAGCUGGGGAAAGAGUUCCAUUAUUUCCCAGCUGCAUAGGACAUUCUGCACGGCUCGGUUUUGCCUGGAUGAGCAGUGUGGCUUUUCGAGAGCUUGUAGCAGUUUGGCAGAAAACUGCAAAAGAUCCUGAGACGUUUGGCUGCUAAGAUCUGCUAUAAAGUAGUGACAGGAAGAUCUACAUAGUUUCUCUGAUGAUUGGAUGGGAAGAAUUUCUGACCUUGGAACGUGGAGAUGAUGUUGCUAUGGAAACUCGUAUUUCUGCUACUACUUCUGAGCUGCGUUGCAGAUGAAGAAACUUCGCAUGGACCUAUUUUUAUUCAAGAGCCAUUUGAUGUCAUUUACUCAGUGAGUUCUGAAGAUCCAGAAGUAAUUUUGAACUGUACAGCUAAAGGACAUCCUUUGCCAAUCUACAGGUGGAAGCAAAAUGGCACAGAUAUUGAUCUCACCAUGAGUUAUCACUACAGGCUGCUUGGAGGCAGCUUGGCAAUCAAUAACCCACAUAAAAAACAGGAUAUUGGAACAUACCAGUGUUUGGUCACAAAUUCGUUUGGAACAAUUCUGAGCAGGAAAGCAAAACUCCAGUUUGCAUAUCUUGAAAACUUUGAAACCAAAGCAAGAAGCACCGUAUCAGUCAGAGAAGGACAAGGAGUCGUUCUGCUCUGUGGACCUCCACCACACUAUGGAGAUUUAUCCUAUGCUUGGAUUUUCAAUGAUAAUCCCUUAUAUGUUCAGGAGGACAGUCGUCGAUUUGUAUCUCAAGAGACAGGAAAUCUAUACAUCGCCAAAGUGGAACCUUCUGAUGUGGGCAACUACACAUGUGUUGUAACCAACACAGAAGCCAAACAAAGUGUGCAGGGCCCACCCACACCCCUUGUACUCCGUAGUGAUGGUGUGAUGGGGGAGUAUGAACCAAAGAUUGAAGUGCGUUUUCCAGAAACAACACUGGCAGCAAAAGGCUCAUCCGUUAAACUGGAAUGCUUUGCCCUUGGAAAUCCAGUUCCCAGUAUCAUCUGGAGGAAACCUGAUGGUAGCCCAUUGGCUAGAAAAAUCCACACAUCCAAAGGAAUCCUUGAAAUCCCAGACUUUCAGCAAGAAGAUGAAGGCUCUUACGAAUGCAUUGCAGGAAACAUUCGGGGAAGGAAUGCUGCAAAAGGCCAGCUGCUUAUAUAUGCACCCCCUGAAUGGAAUAAAAGCAUUGAGAAUGCCUCUCUCUCUCUUUAUGACACAUUGGUUUGGGAAUGUGAAGCAACUGGGAAGCCAAGCCCCUCAUAUAGCUGGUUUAAAAAUGGCCAGCCCCUUGCAUCAGAGGAAAGAUUUCAAAUCGAAAAUGGAACUCUUACUAUAACUAUGCUGAACAUUUCAGAUUCUGGCUUCUAUCAGUGCGUUGCAGAAAACCAAUACGAUUCCAUCUAUUCCAAUGCCGAGUUAAGAGUAUUAGUUUCAGCCCCUGACUUUUCCAAACAUCCUGUGAAAAAAACGUCAGUUGUCCAAGUGGGAGGCCAAGUUGCGAUUGGAUGCAAGCCAGAGGCCUCUCCCAAGGCCGUCAUUAGCUGGAAGAAAGGCACUGAAACGCUACGGCAAAGCAAAAGAAUCUUUAUCCUAGAGGAUGGCAGCCUGAAGAUAUAUAAUGUUACCAAAUCAGAUGCAGGUGUAUACACGUGCAUAGCAAUGAAUCAAUUUGGAGUUGCUAGGAACUCAGGGAACCUGAUUGUGAAAGAGAGGACUAUCAUUACUACUCCACCUUCCAAUAUGGAUGUUACAGUUGGAGAAAGUGUAGUCCUGCCUUGUCAGGUAUCCAAAGAUCCAUCUAUCAAGGUUGCGUUUUCAUGGUCAUUCAAUGGAGAUGUUAUAGAUUUUAAAAGAAGAAUGAGUCAUUUUGAAAGAGCUGGAGGAGAAUCAGUAGGGGACCUUAUGAUAAGAAACAUUCAGUUAAAUCAUUCUGGGAAAUACAGAUGCACAGUACAAACAGCUAUGGACAACCUAUCUGAAACAGCAGAAAUUAUUGUAAGGGGCACUCCAGGUCCUCCCAAAGAUGUUAACAUUGAACAUGUUUCCAGUACAACGGCAGUGCUAAACUGGAGACAAGGAACAGAUAAUAAUAGUCCAAUCCAAAUAUACACUAUUCAGAUAAGGACCCCUUUUUCAGUUGGGUGGCAAGCAGCUUCAACAGUUCCUGAAGUUAUUAAUGGAAGGACCCACACAGCAACAGUGGUUGAUCUGAACCCUUGGGUUGAAUAUGAAUUUCGUGUUGUGGCUGGCAAUAGUAUUGGGAUUGGAGAGCCAAGCACACCAUCUGAGCUACUAAGAACUAAAGCAUCCAUUCCUACAGCGGCACCAGCAAAUGUGAGUGGAGGUGGAGGAAGCCGGUCUGAGCUCGUCAUAACAUGGGAGUCAGUUCCUGAGGAACUACAAUACGGGGAAGGUUUUGGCUACAUUAUUAUGUUCCGGCCUCUGGGCUCUGCAAGCUGGACAAAGGCAGUGGUUGCCUCAGUGGAGGCAUCCAAAUACAUCUAUAGAAAUGAAAGCAUCACACCCUUAUUCCCUUUUGAAGUGAAAGUGGGAGUCUUCAAUCAUGAAGGAGUAGGCACAAUGAGCCCAAUAUAUAUUGUGUACUCUGGAGAAGACGAGCCACAGAUAGCACCAACUGGAACCAUUGUACAAAGUUUCUCAGCCUCAGAAAUAGAAGUCUCUUGGAAUCCUGUUGUGUGGAACAGACAUACUGGAAGGGUUCUUGGCUAUGAGGUCUUGUACUGGACGGACGACUCAAAGGAUUCUGCAACUGGCAAAGUCAGAGUCAACGGCAACAUCACGGCCAAAAAUAUCACCAGCCUCAGGGCCAAUACAAUGUAUUUUGCCACAGUGAGGGCUUUCAACACAGCUGGGACUGGACCAUCCAGUGUCCCAGUUAACGUCACUACAAAAAAAGCACCCCCAAGUCAACGCCCAGCCAACAUUGCCUGGAAACUGACAAAUUCGAAGAUAUGCUUGAACUGGGAGCAUGUGAAAACUAUGGAAAAUGAGUCUGAAGUACUAGGCUACAAAAUUCUGUAUAGGCAAAACCGACAAAGCACCACUCAUAUAUUGGAGACAAACAGUACAUCCGCUGAGCUGCUGGUACCUUUCGAAGAAGAUUAUCUCGUAGAAAUAAGAACUGUGAGCGAUGGAGGGGAAGGGAGCAGCAGUGAGGAAAUUAGGAUUCCAACCAUGUCCAGUUUAAGCUCCAGAGGGAUGUAUACCUGCGGUUCUGAAGAUUACAUAAUGACAACUAAGAUUAUGAUUCUGGUUUAUAUACUCAGCUCGUGAGUAUUUUGUUGAACGGAGCCAACAAGCAGCCAUUGGACUUUUGAAAACAAAGCAGCCAUUGAUGGUCAGAGACUUUCCUCCCUUUCACAUAUUGGCACCUGUCAUAUCUGAAAAUGGAUUCUAUUGAGAAAGAUAAUGAAUUGCCCUUUAAAAUGUAAAUAUAAUUGAUUUCUUUCUCUUUUUUUAAAGCAUAUUUGCGUUUAAGAUGUCCCCAAAAUGAACAGAAGAGAGCCAAAAUUGUAAAAAAGAAAGAAAGAGAAAGAAAGGUAGUUUGUAUUGCAGGGAUCUGUUGUGGAAAUCCAGUAUAUCUGUAUGAGUUGCAAACGUACAAGAUAUCUACAACAACAAAACCCAGUGAUCAAUAUGAAAAAGGCUUGCAGUUGUUUGUGAUGUAUAACAUUACCUGAUCUGUAUUUCUCACUUUGGUCUGUAAUGAAACACUGUUUACUGCGUUUUCAGAUUUAAUAAAAAAUAUUUCUUUACAAUUUU